GGAGGGGAAUGAAGGUGGGAAAUCGGCGCGUGUCGGAAAAUGGUGGCGCGCGAGGAGCUCCGCGUGGUGCGCUUCGGCGGGAGCUGGUUGAGCGGGUGUCGCGCGGUGUUUUCUGCUGAUUCAAAGUAUCUCCUGUGUGCUUCAGGUGACUACAUUAAAGUCUACAGUACACUUACAGAAGAAUGUCUACACAUCUUACAAGGUCACAGCAAUCUAGUGACAGGAAUCCAGUUGAAUCCCCAAAAUCAUCUACAGCUCUAUUCAUGGUCUCUAGAUGGCACUAUUAAACUCUGGGAUUUUAUGGAUGGAAUUCUCAUUAAGACAUUUGUUGUUGGGUUUAAACUCUUUGCAUUUUAUGCCCUUGCAAGUUUGGAGAAUUCUGCAUUUCUUAUCAUUUCAAAGUAUAACGAUGAAACAUCAGAUACAUUUCAGCUAGUGACAGUGAAGCUUCCAAAAACACCUGAUCAAGAAGUGGAAGCCAGUGAGCUGGAAAUGAUUUUAGACGGUGUAAGCCAAUCGCCCAAAUGUACCGCGUUUGGAAGAGAUGGUGAAUAUGUAGUAACAGUCUGGGAGCUUCAUCUUGUCGUUUGUUUCUUCAAGAAGAAAAAGAUUUACAGCUUCUCUAUAGGUAAAAAUCUUAGAAAUGCUUCAACCAGCCAUUUCACCUGUGUAGCCUGUCACCCAAAGGAAGACUGCAUAGCAAGUGGACACAAAGAUGGCAAAAUUCGUCUUUGGAGAAAUUUUAAUCAUAAGAGAGAAUAUACUUUUUCCACAAUGCACUGGCAUCAUGAUGAAGUUAUCGAUCUUGCUUUCUCUGUAGAAGGUACUAGCCUCCUGAGUGGUGGGAUUGAAUCUGUGCUGGUUCAGUGGCGAGAUGCGUCAGAUGCUAAAAAGGAAUUCUUGCCUCGUUUAGGAGCCACAAUACAGCAUAUCUCUGUCUCACCUGAUGGAACUCUUCUUUGUACUUCACAUUCUGAUAACAAGAUAAUAAUCAUACACAGCAACUUGAGAAUUUCUGCAGUGAUUCAAGGAUUAAUCAAAGGCAGCGAUGUCAAGACUGGCUUGAUAGUUGACCCAAGAACAAAAGCUUUAGUUCUGAAUGGCAAGCCUGGGCAUCUGCAGUUCUAUUCACUGCAAAAUGAUAAACUCCUGUACAAUUUGGAUGUUGUGCAGCAGGAGUAUAUUCAUCAGUCAGGUCUGGACCAGAUUGAAUUAGUGAAAGCUGCAUUUGAUUCCAAAGGCAACUGGCUGGCUACUGUGGAACAGCGGCAAGGAGACUGCAGAGAGCUUGAGAUGCAGCUGAAACUCUGGGCUUACAAUGAGCAAACACAAAGCUUUACUCUAAACACACGAAUAAAUAUGCCACAUGAAGACUGUGUAACAGCUAUGUGUUUCCGUGGCACAGAUGGCUCUGAAAAUGUAACCCCAACUUUGGUAACAGCCAGCAGUGACAGGCACUUCAAAGUCUGGAUGCUGCUGGUUGAUAAAGACAGUGAAACAGAUGAAAGGAUAACCUGGACCUGUGAUUUUGUAGGGAGCUAUCACAAUUACAAAGCUACAAAUUGCUGCUUCUCUGAAGAUGGCUCUUUGCUUGCUGUUAGCUUUGACAAAACAGUCACUGUGUGGGACUCUGAAACAUGGGGUCUAAAAUGUACUUUCUGCCAUCCUCCAGGAACUAUACUGAGCCUGUGCUUUGGAAGGCUCAUUUGUUCCAAAUAUCUCCUUGGCACCACCAGCAGUGGCUUCUUGUGCUGCUGGAACUUGCUGAGCUGUUCACUGGAAUGGAGUGCCCAGUUAUAUGUCAACGUCCUGCAGCCUGAUCCUCUGUCUGAGAACAUUGCUGCAAUUUCACAGCACUCAGAAUAUUCAGAUGUGUUUGUGUUCAAGCCCAGCGAACCACAGCCCUUGUGUAUCCAAAGAAAAGUCUGCAGAGGGAAAGUUCAGUGGGCUGUCUUUGUUCCAAGAGAUGGGCCUGAAUAUAUAACCUCCGAAAAAUAUCAGUGGCUUAGCCAAUCUCAGUUUUAUUUCCUGACUGAAAUGCAUGAAUUAAUGACUUUUAGCACAAAGACCCCAGAAGAGAGACUUACGCCUUCCAGCAGACAGUUAGCAGUUGAGGAGAGUUUCUCCAUGACUCCUUUUUACCUCUUACUGGGGAAGCACCGGCAGCAGAAAGAGGGCACGGACAUUGGGAAGACUCCUGUGCAGAACCCGCUAGGCCAAGGAUCGCCUGCUGUUAAAGAACUGCUUCAUACUCCAGCACAUGUGUUACCUUCGGCCUCUUUCUUGUGUCCUCUUUUUAUUCACUCUUUGCUGGUUCCCAGAACAAGCACUAGUGAAAUUGCUGACGAAGUUGAAAUGCUAAGUGACAGUGAAGAGAAGGAGUCUGAAGAGGAAUCCGAAGUUACUGAAAUCCACCCAGAGGCUUCACAGACAACGGAGUGCUUUGGGGAGGGUGUAUUUAAAUUAUCAAAAGUUCAGGAAAGAGAACUUCGUAAAUUAAGGAAAUUGGACUACAGCUGGGCCUCAGGACUCUAAACAUGUGACAUUGUAGACUUCCUUUUUUUAUAUAUUUCUCCCAGUAAUUUAAUAAGCUGUCAAAUAAAAGUUAGCUUUCCUUGCCA